AAAACAUAAAGUAGAACGAAGGGCAUGUGACACUGAAUACUUUACAGGAACUACCUGAACAGUCACAUUUCUACUUUAUAUGGGAGGCAGAACAGAAAACAACUACCUGUGGAGAUGGGAAGCACAACCCCCCCAGUGAACUUCAAUGUGAGUGACAACUCUUCAGACCCAGCUAAGAAUGAGGAGGGCUACAGCGAGACGACGAUCCUGCUGGGCAUGGUCAUGUCCUUACUCGUCCUGUGCAUUGUCUUUGGCAAUAUCCUGGUCAUAACAGCAAUUGCCCGCUUCCAGCGUCUCCAAAAUGUCACCAACUGUUUCAUCACAUCUCUGGCCUGUGCUGACCUGGUCAUGGGUCUUAUUGUGAUUCCUUUCGGUGCCUGUUACAUCAUCUUCAAGACCUGGCAUUUUGGUAGUUUCUGGUGUGAGUUCUGGACUGCGACUGAUGUGCUCUGUGUGACUGCAAGCAUCGAGACCCUGUGUGUUAUAGCAAUAGACCGUUACCUAGCCAUCACUUCUCCCUUCCGCUACCAGUCGAUGCUGACCAAGUGCAAGGCUCGCAUUGUGGUUGUGCUGGUGUGGGUGAUUGCCGCUUUGAUAUCGUUCCUGCCCAUUCACAUGAAGUGGUGGAUAUCCGAUGAUGAGCAAGCAAAGGAAUGCAUUGCGAACAGUAGCUGCUGCGAGUUCUACACCAACAUGGCUUAUGCCAUCACCUCCUCCACCAUCUCCUUCUACAUCCCUUUGAUCAUCAUGGUUUUUGUGUACAGUCGUGUUUUCCAGGAGGCCAAGCGCCAGCUGAAGAAGAUUGACCAAAGUGUUGGACGUUUUCAUAACAGCGACAACACCACCCUCAAAUCUCUAGAGGCCAAUAAUGGUCGUGUCCACAAGAAGGUUAAGUUUUGCCUGCGGGAACACAAAGCCCUAAAGACACUGGGCAUCAUCAUGGGGAUCUUCACUCUGUGCUGGCUGCCCUUCUUUCUGCUCAACGUGGUGGUGGCCAUCUGGAAGGUGGAGAACAUUGACCUCACCUUCAGGAUACUGAACUGGAUAGGUUAUGCAAACUCUGCCUUCAACCCCAUUUACUGCCGGAGUCCUGAAUUCAGGUAUGCCUUCAAGGAAAUCCUCUGCAUGAAGAGGAACCGCCUCAGCAACCCGGGGCCCGUGAAUGGAUACAUCUACAGCAGGCACAGCUGGCAGAGUGAACAGCAAGGGAGGAGUAAGGGCAGCUCAGAGGACAGUGAUGCGAAUGAAGGGUGUCUAGGUAAAGGAGCAGGUGUCUGUAGUGUUGUGGACAGAGCAGUGGACCCUAACGGGAACUGCAGCAAAGGCCUUUCAACUGUCACGACUGUCCUUUAAACUUGGAGCCCUGAGACGUCUGUCAACAGGGCGAUCAAGACAUGUUUACACUGCUUUCAUAAAGUUUUUUUUCCAAUUGACUGAUGAAGGUAAGGCCAGUUGAACUGACCGGCAGAGUGUCUACAGACUGCUUUA